AUGACCAAUCUCAAAUAUGCCGGAGGCAAUAUGUUUGAGGCUGUUCCUUUUGCAGAUGCAGUCUUACUUAAGUGGAUAUUACACGAUUGGAGGGAUGAAGAAUGCGUGAUGAUUCUGAAGAAAUGUAAGGAAGCGAUUACAAGCAACGGGAAGAUGGGGAAAGUGAUUAUAAUAGACAUGUUGGUAGAGAAGAAAGAAGGGGAUGAUGAGUCGACUGAAGCGCAACUCUUCUUUGACAUGAUGAUGAUGGUGUUGGUUACAGGGAAAAAGCGAGAUGAGAAAGAGUGGGCCAAGCUUCUCCUGGAAGCUGGUUUCACUCGCUAUAAAAUAACCCCAAUAUUAGGUUAA